AUGAAAAAAGACCCUCAAGAAAUAGCAGGCUACACAGUCCUCCCGAUACUGCUCCCCGAAAUACCCGGCUUCGCAGAACCCGCAACUCAUUACCUCUACCUUCGACCCCAUGAACCUCGCAUCCCGGAUAUUGAUACCCCUCGCUCUCUCUUCGUGGUCAAUGCACCGAUCGAUACAACGGAGCUUCACCUGCGCCACUUAUUCGGCACCCAGCUUUCCGCUGGCCGAGUAGAAAGAGUGCAAUUCGAGUCGGUUCUCACGAACAAGACUGGUGGUAUGCAGGCAGCCACGCAUGGGAACAUAUCGAAGAACAGGAAGCGUAAGCGCGUCACGGUGGAUGACCUACAGAGCCAGCUCGAUGACAUUGAGUUACCCUCAACGUGGAACCAACAGCUCCAAAAGAGCGGGGCCCACGCCAUUGUCGUUUUCGUCGAUAAACCGAGCAUGGAGGCGAGUUUGAAGGCGGCCAAGAAGGUAGCCAAAAGAAAAGAUGGAGGCCGGAUUGUCUGGGGCGAGGGGGUCGAAGAUCGUCUGCCGAAGUUGGGAUUGCAGCGGUAUCUGCAACAUGACCAGGCGCGGUUCCCGCCUCGGGUGGAGUUGCUGCGCACGGUUAACAAGUUUAUGACAGUCUUUGAGCAAGUGGCGGAGGCGAGAAAGCGUGAGGAGGCACGCAAGGCGCAGGAGCCAGAUGAAGAUGGCUUUAUCACCGUUACUAGUGGGCCAAAACUCACGUCAACGGCACAUGAGGAUGAAGCGAAGGCGCUCAUCGAGAAGCAGAAAAAGAAGUCGCAGGGACUGGACGACUUCUAUCGGUUCCAGUCGCGGGAGAAGAGGAAGGAGAGGCAGAACCAGCUGCUCAGGAAGUUUGACGAAGAUAAAAAGAAACUGGAAGAGCUGAAGAUGCGCAAAGGGAAGAUUAGGCCGGAAUGA